UAUUUGAACGUAAAAAUUAGACAGUUUUUUUUAAGGAUUUUUCAGUAUUUCGUGUUUUCAAAAUUGAGCAAUUCUGCCAGCGAAAUUUGCAAAAGUGAAAACGUUCAGGAGAAGCAAUUUCUGCAGAAGUAAUAGACUGAAAGUUGCAUCAUAGACUUAAUUGCUAAUAAACAUCUAAUUAAGUUUACUACAUAAUUCCAUAACCGCUUUUCAUAUCAUGAAUGUGGAAAUGUCAGGGGAAAUUUUGGACGUCCCUUACACAGAACCCUUAAAAGAUAACAGACGCACCAGGGUUCGAAGCUCUGGUAGACCUCCUAGUCAAUUGUUUCUCAAAGAAAACAUUCUCCAUUUAGAUGAAGAACACGAAGAAGAGAGCCUAGAAGACGACGUAAACGCUACAGGCGAUUCGGAAAGCACCCGCCAUCAAACUGACAGCGUGCCAAGAAUCAGACUUGCCAAUUUGGGUUUCAGAACCGUCCCCAGUAACGAAAAUGUUAAAAUGGCUCUACCGGUAACAACACCUCCUUGGCUAGAAGAAUUGAAAAAAAAGAAGCAGAUCAAACUACAAAAGAAUUCUUCAGUCGAAUCGAUCGUUAAAAAUCCAAAUGAAGAAAACAAUGCUCACGAUCAGGUACAAGUGGCUCCCUCUGCAAAGCCUGUGCCAACAUCAACAACAACGCCUGAGGAAAGCCAGGAAGAAACGUCCUGGGGAGUCCACCAUCUUAAAAAGAAAAAAAAUUCCACAAUUGACGAAAAUCCUGUCAACAAAAUUGGUACUGGUAGAGUAAUGACGAACACAAUUCUUGUGGUGAACAACAGUACGAAAAAUACUUCUUCCAACAUCGUAUCACCACCUACUAAAACCCCGCCUCCCAUCCCAUCCACAGCACCACCAUCGAUCUUCACUACAGAAAAUUUCGUCCCAACUGAGAACGACGAAUACCUGGAUGAGUUCGACGACGACGCGGAAAUCAUGGAAGUUAUGAGUCCCGUGAACUUGGACAAAAAACUUUCUGUACGAGAAAUGGAAACCGAUAUGGGAACGGUAAUGUCGAGACCUUCAAUUUCCGAUGGAGAGAUCGUCUUCGACGAGGUGUCUUCCAUAACUCUAGUGAAACCUUUGACGAGAUCGGAGAGUUUGAACAGGCAUAAUUUGCGAACUUAUGGACACAACGGUCCAGGAAGUUUAAUGUACAAGCCGAAAUCCAGUGAAAACGUUUCAUCCGAUUCGUACGGAAUCGAACAGAAGGCGUUAAAAUCCGAGACCAAGUUAAAGUUUUUACGGAUCAUAGAGCAAAUGGAGCGUAUCGUAAACAAGAACGCGAUCGAAAACCAGAGCAUCAAGAAAGAACUGGAAGCCGUUAUAGAAGAGAACAAACUUCUGAGUAAAAAUCUUGAUAUUCUCAAAGCAGAAAUUGAUCGGCUGUAACGAAACUUGGUGAAUGACUGACUUAGAAGCAAUUUGGUAUUGUUCGUGUGUGGAUAUGCAAAUUUGUGCGACGAUAUUGAAUGGACAAAAAUGUUCCAAUAAAAUUAUUGUGUAUACGAAAAUAUUAAAUUAUCAUAAGAGC